AUGUUUUCAUUACUAGAGUCCACGCAUGCGCAGCAGCACAGUGAGAGAAAAUGGCAGACGUUUCUUUGGACGAAGUGAUCCGACAGCGCGGCAUUAAUCUUAAACCAACUGUAAAACGGCCAACAUUUGGACGAGGUGCUGGGGGGGUCGGGAUGAGUUUUGACGCCAGGCAGAAGAUUGGUGCAAAUGAUGUGCGGCAGCGAAUGGGAGGAGCUGCAGGUUUUCAAGUGAAAGAUGCCAGAGAAAAGCUUGGUCAGAAAGAUGCUCGUUUUAAAAUUCGUGGUCGAGGUGGAGGAGGAGGAGGAGGAGGGGUGCAAGAUGCUCGUCAAAUGAUCAACUCACGCAAACAGGGGCAAACACAAUAUAAUCCCACAACACAGGCUUUGCUACCCCAGCUGCAGAGCACACUGCCAUCAGUACAUAUACACUCUAACAUUGGUGUUGCUGGUGCUAACAACGCAAGGCAUUUUGGUGGUCAAGGGACGAAUCUUAGGGAUGCUCGAGACAGACUAAGCCUGAAGAGAAGCCUCGGAGGAACACAGACACUGGCUGGGGCAGGAAUACCAUUAAAAAUAACAAAGACCAUUCAGCAACAGCCAGUGGGACUGUCAAGUGGGAUACGCACAGCCACACAACCUGUCUCAAAUGAUCUUGAUGGCACUGUUAGUAAACAAAUAAAGAUAACCACUUCUAAUGACAUCCUACAACCCCGGGGGGGUGGAAUUGGCUCCUCAUUCUCCAUGUCAGCUCCAAUCACAAAGGUGGUUAAAAAUGAUGCCUACACAGCACCUCGUCCUCCUGUACCAGUGGCACCCACUCGACCAACCACCAGCAUGCCUGCGUCUCGGCCCUCUGCCUUACAACAGGUCUCCAGAACUCUGCAGCAAAGCACUGCUGCUCCGAAUACAGCAGCGGCUCCUCCUCUGCCUACAUUCAGUCCAUUGGAGGGAACAAAAAUAACAGUAAAUAACUUGCAUCCUCGGGUAACUGAAGAAGACAUCGUUGAACUCUUUUGUGUAUGUGGUGCCUUAAAACGUGCACGGCUGGUGAAAGUGGGUGUGGCUGAGGUGGUAUUUGUUCGUAAAGAGGAUGCCGUCAGCGCAUAUAGGAAGUAUAAUAACCGCUGCCUUGAUGGUCAGCCCAUGAAAUGUAAUCUUCAUAUUCAGGGAAAUGUCAUCACUUCUGAUCAGCCCAUUUUAUUGAGGCUCAGUGAUACUCCAGGCAGCGGUAGCUCUACAAAGAAAGAUGGUUUGCCCCCCUCCUUGUCACGCCCCGCUGGUCAGCGAGCGUCCACUCAGCCCACUCCAGAGGUGGAUCCUCAGACAAUUCUCAAAGCUUUGUUCAAGUCCACUGCUCAGUCCCCCUCCACUCCCGAACCUCCCAACUCACAAGCUACUGCCUUUCGCAUUAAGAUUUAGGUCGUGUCUUGUGUUUCAAUAUUUUACUGCAUUCCCAGUGUUACAGUUAACAAUACUCUAUUUCACUUAAAUGGGAAACACACAUGGAGCCUUUUUCUCCCAUUUUGAUAAACAUGUUUACUCACAAAAUGAAACAGUUUAAUUUUAUCCCACUUUAUCUGCAGGACAUUGAACAUGUUUGUUUUUUAUCAGACACAGCCAACCCCAAAGCAGUCUGAUUGUGGAACAUGUUUUAAUUCAGUAAUAUCCCAAUUUGGAUGUUUUGUUAAACAUUUUAAGUUGUCAUGGUCCACCCAGUCUAUAUCGGGCUUUGUGUUCUGAGGGUUAAAUAUCUUCAAUAAUGUGUAAAAUAAAAUAAAAAAAUACAGUUUGAACAAUUAUAAAACAAGUGAUUUGGGUCAACUUGGACAUUCAUAGUUGACAUUAUGUGACAGAAUUUAUGAAGUAUAUUCUUUGUAGUGUAUUGACAGUAUGACAGUUUCAAAACAUGUUGAAUGGUCUACUACAACUGUGUUGCUUUUUAUUUUUCUGGUAUGUCAGUCUAAUGCGUCUAGGAAGGCUAGCUUCUGUAAUGUCACCAUUAAACUGUACAUUUAUACUUUAUUAACUGUCUUUUCAUUUAUAGAAUACAGCCAGAUAACUGGCCUACAAUAGUUAUAUUUUAUUGUGGCAAUGCCUAAUGCAAAAGAGCUGCAUCAAAUGACAAAAGUGCAGAAAUGGCCAAAAAGGCACUUAAAUAUGUGCCAGUUUACCUAAUUGUUUCGUUUCAAUAAAAUUCUU